UUGUGCCGGUGCUUAUGGCCACAAGAGAAAGAUGAGUGCUUACGGCCAUACCACGUUGAAAACACACCAUCCCAUCCGAUCUGUCAAGUUAAGCAACGUUGGGCCUCACUAGUUCUUGGAUUGGAGACGGCUUGGGAAUCCCAAGUGCUAAGCAUAGCGUUUUGCUGGAUUUCGCAAAACGUUAUGCUUAAAGGAGUGCGGGCGAGAAAAACAAGGUUAAGAAGCAUUGUCUUACAGCAAUCGAUCGAUACCGCGACAGUAACCAGUGAUUUUUACAUUUAA